CACGGCAAGCUGGACUGUGACUGAUUCAGGAGCAGGGUUGGGACCAAUGGGUUCCAGGGAGCCUCAUUUAGAGAUCCGCUAGACAUCUAAGUAGAAGACUUCCUGUGCACCACCACCGUUGCCCUCCAUCCCCCAAUGGGAGGUCCCCUGAGAGCCUCAGGUCCCGAGAUUCUGCUCAAGCCAGCUGCUGCUGCCCAGGGAGUGUGACUGGAAGCUGCGGAGGGCAGGAGCUAAGCAGCGCAGGUGAGCUCUCCUGAGGACCUCUUCGUCAGCUCCCCUGAUUGUAGGGAGGAUCCAGGGUGGCAGGAAACUCCUCCAGCCCAGCAAGGAGCUCAGGAUGUUCCUGAAGGCCGUGGUCCUGACCCUGGCCCUGGUGGCUGUCACCGGAGCCCGGGCUGAGGUCAGUGCUGACCAGGUGGCCACGGUGAUGUGGGACUACUUCAGCCAGCUGAGCAGCAAUGCCAAGGAGGCCGUGGAACAUCUCCAGAAAUCUGAACUCACCCAGCAACUCAAUGCCCUCUUCCAGGACAAACUUGGAGAAGUGAACACUUACGCAGGUGACCUGCAGAAGAAGCUGGUGCCCUUCGCCACCGAGCUGCAUGAACGCCUGGCCAAGGACUCGGAGAAACUGAAGGAGGAGAUUCGGAAGGAGCUGGAGGAGGUGAGGGCCCGGCUGCUGCCCCAUGCCAAUGAGGUGAGCCAGAAGAUCGGGGAAAAUGUGCGAGAGCUGCAGCAGCGCCUGGAGCCCUACACGGACCAGCUGCGCACCCAGGUCAACACGCAGACUGAGCAGCUGCGGCGCCAGCUGACCCCCUACGCACAGCGCAUGGAGAGAGUGCUGCGGGAGAACGCCGACAGCCUGCAGACCUCGCUGAGGCCCCACGCAGACCAGCUCAAGGCCAAGAUCGACCAGAACGUGGAGGAGCUCAAGGAGCGCCUCACGCCCUACGCCGACGAGUUCAAAGUCAAGAUCGACCAGACCGUGGAGGAGCUGCGCCGCAGCCUGGCUCCCUAUGCUCAGGACGCACAGGAGAAGCUCAACCACCAGCUCGAGGGCCUGGCCUUCCAGAUGAAGAAGAACGCAGAGGAGCUCAAGGCCAGGAUCUCGGCCAGUGCGGAGGAGCUGCGGCAGAGGCUGGCGCCCUUGGCCGAGGACGUGCGUGGCAACCUGAGAGGCAACACCGAGGGGCUGCAGAAGUCGCUGGCAGAGCUGGGCGGGCACUUGGACCGGCAUGUGGAGGAGUUCCGGCUCCGGGUGGAGCCCUACGGGGAGAACUUCAACAAAGCUCUGGUGCAGCAGAUGGAACAGCUCAGGCAGAAGCUGGGCCCCCAUGCGGGGGACGUGGAAGGCCACUUGAGCUUCCUGGAGAAGGACCUGAGGGACAAGGUCAACUCCUUCUUCAGCACCUUCAAGGAGAAAGAGAGCCAGGACAACACCCUGUCCCUCCCGGAGCCCGAGCAGCAGCAGGAGCAGGAGCAGCAGCAGGAGCAGCAGGAGGAGCAGCAGGAGCAGGAGCAGCAGCAGGAGCAGCAGGAGGAGCAGCAGCAGGAGCAGCAGGAGGAGCAGCAGCAGGAGCAGCAGCAGGAGCAGGUGGAGAUGCUGGCCCCUUUGGAGAGCUGAGCUGCCCCUGGUGCACUGACCCCACCCUCGCAGACACCUGCCCUGCCCUGCCACCUGUCUGUCUGUCUGUCCCAAAGCAGUUCUGGUAUGAACUUGAGGACACAUGUCCAGUGAGAGGUGACACCACCUCUCGAUAUUCAAUAAAGCUGCUGAGAAUCUAGCCUCAACUGGUUGCCAGAUGACUCCUCCUUGCAGCUGGAGAGGUGGGGAGGUAACCAUGACGGGGCAGAGCUUAGCAGCGGCCUGGCAGGAGACACCCAGGAUUGGGGAGAUGAGACUGCAGGAGAGGUAAGGGCAGGGUGUGCUGGAGGCGAGUGUA